AUGUCUGGCCGUGGAAACCAGGGCGGCAAAGCCAAGGGAAAGGCGAAGUCUCGCUCGUCCAGGGCCGGCUUGCAGUUCCCUGUGGGUCGAGUGCACCGCCUGCUCCGCAAAGGGCACUACGCGGCGCGCGUGGGAGCCGAAGCCCCUGUCUACACGGCGGCGGUGCUGGAGUACCUGACCGCCGAGAUCCUGGAGCUGGCCGGCAACGCGGCGCGGGACAACAAGAAGGCGCGCAUCGUCCCUCGGCACCUGCAGCUGGCCGUCCGCAACGACCAGGAGCUGAACAACCUGCUGGCCAAAGCCACCAUCUCCCAGGGCGGCGUCCUGCCCAACAUCCAGGCGGUACUACUGCCGUAGAAAACGUGAGAGCCACAAAGUAAAGGCCCAGUAACAAUCAGACC